CAAAGGAAUACACCGGUUUUGUAGAUGAAAGUCGUACUAAGGCUGGCAAGGUUACCGGACCGGUAAAAGUUGCCAAGAGUCUGACUUUGAAUGCCACUCUUGGAGUAAAUUUAAACCGUCAAAAUAUGUUUACCAUUAUCAAUAAUCAAAUUCACAAUGGUCGAUUUCCCGAAGAUGAUAAAGGAAUUUACUUUGUUUUGACAUCAAAAGAAGUGGCAUAUGGCGAUUCUGAUGUAGUCUUUUGUGAAGUGAGCGAUAGAGGAAUGUGCGGAUAUCACUUUUCUUUCCUCGCCUCUGAUGGGAAAAAAAGAUUAAAAUAUUCUUUUGUCGGUGAUCCAGACCAUUGUCCAGCUAAUUGCAUUCGCGCACAAAUUGAUCCGAGUUUAAUUCCAAGAAUAGUUAAAACCCCUCACGGAGACUCCCUUGAUUCAAUGAUAAGCGUGAUCUCACAUGAAUUGUUCGAAACAGUAACGGAUCCAUUGGGAACCAUUUAUGAUGCUUGGGUCGAUUCAGAUGAAU